AUGGGAAGAAAAUUAAGCCCAAUUGUGCUGGGUCUCGUUACGCUACUUGUUAUAUAUGCCGAAGUGAUAUUCGGACAAGGGGAUAGGGGAACACCAAAACCCAGACGACCUCCUAACAGCCAAGGCGGUGCCCAGUCCAGCGGUAACAAACUGACACCCAUUCCCACUCCUAGUCCCACAACCACAAUCAACCCCCCACAGGUUCCCAGCCUUCCGGGUGCCACGUUUAACUUUGCUGGCCCUGAGCCCCACACCAGGCGCAGUAGCCCCGGGGCGAGGAGUAGCACAGUUGUACCAGAGGCUCUCAUCUCGGGCCUCAGCAGAGCGGAUCCUUUUUUCACCAGAGCGGCUCGAGGUUUGCCAGUGGAUGUAAGCCAAGACGAACUAGCUAAACUGAUCAAUCGUAUCAAUAAUGAGGUGACCAAGACUGCCAUUGUGUUCGGAAAGCAGAAAGCCUUCAGCAUUGCAAAUGCGGCGAACAAGGGUUUUUCACCGCCAAAAGUAGGCGGCACUACCCCAAGACCCUUCCCCUUUGGGCCUCAUCUGUUUACGUCCAAAUCAGCUGCAACAAUUGGUCGCACUGCGGAUAAAUUUUUAGCUGCAUCGGAGCACCUCAGGGAUAGGUUGAACCUGACCACUGACCAAGGUAAAGUUUUAAGGGCCGCUCCAUUGACUGUGAUAAAAGAGGAAUUCGAUUGUCCAUUUGACGAUGCUGUCCAGUGCGACAUUUCUUCAAAGUACAGGACGUUUGAUGGCAGUUGUAAUAACCUGGUCAAUCCUAUCCUAGGUAGAGCCAAUACACCGUUCGAGCGAUUUCUUCCAUCCCAGUACGAAGAUGGUAUUGGAGCUCUUCGAGUAACGGGCCAAGGUUCGAAAUUACCGUUACCAAAUGCCAGGGAUGUCAGCGCCAACUUCCAUCAAAUCAGCUCAGAGGAAAACCUUCAGAGUGACGUGUCUCUCUUCACAAUGAUCUACGGACAACACAUUAGUCAUGACGUCAACAUGAACACGAUCUCAAGAGGCGAGAACGGUAUAUUUCUUGACUGUUGCGGUGCCGACGGUAGGGUGACAAGUGAUCCACAGCUUAUAGAACUUGGCUGUGCCGCGAUAUCAAUCUCCGACAAUGAUCCUUUCUUCUCCCAGUUCAACCGAAAAUGCUUGCGUUUUGUCAGAGCGCUAGGCGGAACAGAUCUUAAAUGCAGCCUGGGAAGUAGAGAGCAGACGAACCAAGUGACACAUUAUCUAGAUGGAUCAGGAGUUUAUGGCAGCAACGAUUUCAUAGCCAAUGACCUGAGACGUUUCACCGGAGGGCUACUCAAAUCCGCCAUAGCACCGGAUGGACGCGAACUACUGUUACAAGAUCCAAGUUUGACAGGAACCUUUGCAUGUCGCUCUGCAGCUGGCAGCAAUCACCAUUGCUUCUCAGCUGGUGAUGUUCGAGUGAACCAGAACCCGAGUUUAGCCUUCAUUCACACUCUUCUACUAAGGGAGCACAAUAGAGUGGCAAGGGCGUUGGCGGCAAUAAAUCCCUUCUGGAAUGACGAGAAACUGUUUCAGGAGACCCGGCGAAUAGUCACGGCAAUUCUCCAGCAUGUAACCUACGGCGAGUAUCUUCCCGUCCUCAUCUCGGAAGCGCUGGCCAGCGGGUUUGGAUUACUGCCUCAAGCCAAUGGCUACUUCACGGGCUAUUCCAACAGGACGAAUCCUGCCAUCAGGAACGGAUUUGUGGCCGCGGCGUAUCGCUGUGGACACAGCAAUAUCGACGACUUCCUGGCCCCAGGCUUGGCUCUGUCACCCAACUUUAACAACCCGACGGCACUCUACAGCCCUGGCAUCGACAACAUCACUCACGGGCUGACGGGCGGGCGACAACAAACCAUGGAUAGGCGUGACGCGGAAACCAUCACCAAUCGCCUUUUCGAAGGGGCCAGCGGAACAGGUACCGACCUACCGGCCAUUAACAUCCAGCGAGGACGGGAUCAUGGCUUACCGUCUUACAACGACUACAGAGAGUUUUGUGGAUACCCACGGGCCGUUCGGUUUUCAGUAAGAGAUGGAGGCCUUAUUCACCACACUACAGACUCCGUUAUAAGACUGUCUCGCCUUUACGAAUCUGUCGAUGACAUCGAUGCUUGGACAGGAAUGUCGUCAGAGAAGCGUAUAGAAGGUGGUGUAUUUGGGCCAACAGCUGCCUGUCUCGUCGGGCUUCAGUUUAACUUUCUCAAAACUGGAGACAGAUUUUUCUACGAAAAUGAUGUCCCUGAAACCAGGUUCUCUUUAGGACAACUUGACGCCAUCAGAAAAGUGACCUUGUCCGGUUUGGUCUGUGUUAAUACUGGGAGACAAUUCAUCACGAAGAAUUCAUUUAGGACACCGUCUAGCGAAAAUCCUACCGUCCAUUGUUCCACCAUUCCGACUUUAGAUCUGUCACCUUGGAAGGCGAGCAGUUGUAUCGACGGGGGUUGGAGCCCUUGGCAGGCCUGGGGCAGUUGUUCACAGUUCGGUCUUUCCUUCCGAUAUCGUUUCUGUGACAACCCAGUGAAGAACGCAUGCGGAAAAGACUGUGAGGGGCUCCCCUGGGAAUACCGCGAAUGCGUAUUUACCGGAAUUGCCAACCAGGGUCGAAAAAAUGGCGCCCCGGUGAAUACCAACGUACAAAAAUUGAACGCCACGGAUCCUGCCGACCAAAGUAAAAUCUUUGAACUUGCGAAGUCACUAGCUCCGGAUGGAGUAUUCCCAAACUGA